AUGAGCGAGCAAAGUCAACUAGACGACUCUACCAUAGACAAGCUAAUUCCACAAAUUUUCAAUGAGAUGAGAUCUAAUCUUAACAACACUACUAAUAAAUCUUCCAAAGGAACGCAAAAUAAUACAAAUGAUAACAUGUUGGCCACGAACACUUUUAUAAGGCCAUAUAACUCGGUCACGACACAGUCCUUACUCAAGGAAUCCGAAUCGCUUGAUAAAAUAACGGCAAUGAUACAAAAUGUUACUGGUGCGUUAAAAAAUAGCUUACCUGUAUACGUUGAUCAAGUACACGACGUUUGUAAGUCAACGAAUUCUAUCCUAGAUUCGUGGAUCAACAUACAUUCUCAAGCAGGCUACAUCCACAAGUUGAUGACUGACCAAACGUAUUUGAAGAUAAUCAAUGACAGGCUAAACAAUGAGAAGACAAACACAAAUGACGAAGAAGACAGUACGUUACACAACAUGAUCGCAAUAAAGAAGAGGGAAGUUUUGAGUUUAAAACAAAAAUUAGAAAACAAGAAAAGAGAGAAAGAGAAUCUACCUUCCAAAUCAACGAAUCAAGGAUCGAAUCCAAGGUAUGCCAGCCAACCUGGAAGAAGGCCAGUGUCUGCCAACGGAAAUGGGAAUAACAGUAGGGCGAAAAGGCCACACGUUCCCGCUUCAAAGAGGCCCAGCGGGAUACCAAGGGUUACUAGCCGGUGGACAAAGCCCACCGCAAGUAGUUCGAGAAAGAUGUUUCGUUAG